ACUCUGCAGAAGGUUGAGAAAGUUUACGCGAGGAGGGCAGAAAGAAGAGAAGGCGCGGUCGGAGCGCUCACAGCGAGUCUCCGUUCGGGCUAUUGUAUUUUUUUUUCCGUGUGCGUGUGCGUGGAGGUGAUUAAUAACAUGGACGCUUUAAAGUCGGCAGGUCGAGCGAUCAUAAGGAGUCCCAGCAUCGCGAAGCAAAGCUGGGGAAGCGGUAAACACAAAAAGUUGCCAGAAAACUGGACAGAUACAAGGGAAACACUCCAGGAAGGAAUGAUAUUUAAUCUGAAGUAUCUGGGCAUGACCCUAGUUGAAGAACCAAAGGGGGAGGAUAUGUCUUCUGCCGCUGUCCGAAGGAUAGUUGCUAUGGCUAAAGCAAGUGGGAAGAAAUUUCAGAAAGUGGUGUUGACUGUGUCACCGCGAGGAAUAAUUCUACAUGACGGGACCAGUAAUGAACUAAUAGAAAACGUCUCCAUUUACAGGAUAUCCUACUGCACAGCAGACAAAGUGCAUGACAAAGUUUUUGCUUACAUUGCUCAGAGCCAGCUGAAUGAGACAUUAGAAUGUCACGCCUUCCUUUGUACCAAGAAAAAACUGGCUCAGGCAGUGACAUUAACCGUGGCCCAAGCUUUCAAAAUAGCUUUCGAGUUCUGGCAAGCUGCCAAAGAAGAGAAAGAAAAAAGAGUGGCAAUUGGGUCUUCUGUCAGUGGGGCAGCUGAUAAACCUCCACUGGAAAGGUCAAUCAAUAACCACUUCAAAACAGAAGUAGCCACGGCAGAUUUGUUGGAUUUAACAGAAGGAGCCAAGCCAGCAAACCGCAGGAGUGGGCCCUCCAGUGCAGAUAAACAAUAUUCGAUCAACGACAACCUUGUGUGGGAAAUGAAUGAUGAUCUGGAUGAAGCUUUUGCCAGGCUGGCUCAGUCUCGAACAAACCCUCAGCUUCUGGACAUCGGCGUGAGCCCCCAGGACGUGCAGACAGACGAAUGCUUAUCUCCAUCAGACUGGGAGAAAGGUGACAAUGGAGUCACAGAAAAAGAUGACCUGUUUGGGCUCUGAUACCACGAGGGCCGUGGGGAAUAAACAGCUCGGCCCAAAGGAGGAACUCACCCACCCUGAAACUGAACACCGUGCCUUCUCACUGUCAGAUGGAAUACUAGAAGGCUGGUUUGUGAAAGGUUUGAUCUGUGUUGCUGCAGGACUGAAACGGAGAAAUAAUGAUGUUAACACUUGUGGUGCUGCCUUUAAGGAGGUCCAGACCAAAGCAAUCAAAAGGCCUUGAAAAGAAACCAUUUAAGCUUCUAGACCCAGCCAGUGGUACACAUUUCAGCCUAGGUUGGUUGUUAGCUAGCUGCCUGUCCAUUCCAAAAGUUAUUGGUCAAAAUGAAUCUUUUAAAAGAUUACAGAUUUGUAUCUAUGUAGAUAGUGGAUUUCCAGUGAAUGCUAACUGAUUAUAUAUUUUUUCCAAUAAUUAUUCAUACUAAAUGAACAAGCAUCUUAUUUUACCUUUGACACUUGCAUUGUUCACCCAAACCACUAAAGUAGGACUGAUCAAAACCGUGUAACUUUCUUUGUUACAUUUCAGAUGUAAACAUUGUUACUUUGAAUGUUAGGAAAAGCAAGAAAAAAUGCAGAUGCUGGAAAUCUGAAAUAUAAAAAAUAUUGGAAAUGCUCAGCAGGUCGGGCAGCGUCCGUGGAAAAGGAAACAGUUGCUGUUUUAGGUGAAGACUGCUUCCCCAGGUUCCCACAGCUACCUUGACUAUUUCUUCCCACUCUGCCUCCUCAGGCCCAUUGUAUUAGCUCGGAUGAGACUCUCCACGUAGGUGUUCCUUCUUCCUAGCUUCCACUCUUCCAUGGAUGACAAGACACCAUCGCCGUACUUAAUCUAUUUCUUUUGCCCUCAUCCCUCCUCUCUCCUUGCACAAGGAUGGGGUUUCUCGAGCUCUCGGUUUCAACCCCAUGAGCCUCUGGAUUCAACUGAUCAGCCUUUUCAAAUUCCACCACCUUCUGUCAAACGACAUAGAUUCCCCUCCCCUUUCAACAUUCUGAAAUGACCAUUCCUUUAGUGGAAUGCCUGUGAUUUCCGCCUGCACUCACCGUAGGAGAUACAGCACCCAGCGCUGUCUGUGAGGACUUUGCUUGUUCGCUCCGUGACUGUGUGGGUCUUCUCUCGGUGCCCCAGUUAGUAAGAUUAGGGUUAGAAAGUUGUUGGCGCGUUGGAAGCGUGGCUGAUCCCAGUUCAGUCUCAGACUGUGUUGCUCCUUGCCGCAAACAGAGUAUUUCGCUGUAUGGGUUGAUGUACAUGUGACAAAUAAAGCUAAUGUUAAUCUGUCUGUUUUAGCUCUUCCUUCCCCAUCAGCUAAGGAUGCAAAAGCAGUCCGUCCAAGGGGAGCACCAGUUCCGCUGCAAUUUCAAGCUAGUGUAUUGCAUUCAUUGCCCGUAUGUUGGGGAGAGCAAACCGAGAUUGUGAUGCGCCAGUGUUCAGUUUGCAGAGAUGAUAUUGUGCUUCCUGUGCCCGCCUCUUUAAACUCUCCUUCCUGCACCCACUCCGAAUUCUUUAUCUUUGGAUUCCUGCACUGUUUUAAUUCAGAAAUUAAGGGUGUAAAGGGACUUGGGAGUCCUUGUGCAGGAUUCCCUAAAGGUUAACUUGCAGGUUGAGUCGGUGGUGAGGAGUGCAAUGUGAUGUUAGCAUUCAUUUGGAGAGGACUAGAAUAUAAAAGCAAAGGUGCAAUGCUGAGGCUUUCUAAGGCUGUUGUGAGACCUAAUUUUGGAGUAUUGUGAGCAUUUUUGGGCCCCUUAUCUAAGAAAGGAUGUGCUGGCUUUGAAGGUUGCCCAGAGGAGGUUCACGAGAAUUAUCCCAGGAACGAAAGGGUUAAUGUAUGAGAUGCAUUUAAUGGCUCUGGCCUGUACUCGCUGGAGUUCAGAAGAAUGAGGGGGGGAUCUCAUUGAAACUUGUCAAAUACUCAAAAGCCCAGAUAGAGUGGAUGUGAAAAGUAUGUUUCCUAUAGCGGGGGGCAUCUAGAACUGGGAGCACAGCCUCAUAAUAGGACAUUCCUUUCGAAAACAGAUGUGGAGGAAUUUCUUUACCAGCGGGUACUGAAUCUGUGGGAUUCAUUGCCGUGGGCGGCUGUGGAGGCCAAGUCAUUGGGUAUAUUUAAAGCAAAGGUUGAUAGGUUCUUGAUUAGUAAGGGCGUCAAAGGGUAUGGGGAGAAUGGGGUUGAGGGGGAUAAUAAAUCAGCCGUGACGGAAUGAUGGAACAGACUCAUGUGGCUGAAUGUUCUCAUUCUGCCCCUAUGACUUAUGGUCUUGACAGGACCCAAAAUAAGUUUGAGGAACAACAUCUCACCUUUCAUCUGGGCACAUUGCAGUUUUCUGGAGUCAAUACUACAACUCCAAGUAAUUUGCUUUCUUUCCUUGUAUCACAACGGAUUCAUUCUGCUGUAGGUAAUCAAUCCAAUUUCUUUUUCUCUUUGUACUAGGACUGCUGGGCAUUUUACACAACAUUACAUUUUUGUGGCUUUUAGGAUCAUUUCUUUGUGUUCUCACUAAACACCUUCAUUAACCUAUCAACCUAAUGGAUUUAUCUACCACAUGCUUCCAUGGUAAUUCUGGUCUCAGAUUCCUUCUGAAUUUCUUUCCCUACCCCCUAGGCAUCUUGAAACUGGUCCUCACUCUUCCUCCAUUCUGGUAAAAAGUCUUCAACCUAUAAAGUUAAUUCUUUCUCUCUUUCCACAUGCUGCCUGACCUGCUGGGUGUUUCCAGAAUAUUCCAUUGUUAUAACCAUAUUUAGUUUCUUCCUUUUGUGUUUUAUAUAGCUUAUGAAUUAUAAUGUACAAUAUUAUUAAAACUUUUUGUUCCCAUUAUGUUCCCAACGUCUUCUUGUCUUGCAUUAGUUUGGAUAAUGAUUUUCCCCUAAAAUGUUUUGGAGAGUGAAAACAGAAUUAAUUCCGCAAUAUUUUAAUCUGUUUUAAUAGAAUCUGCUUAUGACUUGUGUAAAAGUGAAGAUGCAGGAACUUUAGGCAUCCGUGGAUGUAUUUUUCUGUA